AGGAAAACCGAAGAGAUCAACGUCCUUGCUUUCUUGCUACACUAAAUGACUCAACCAAAUAAGGGCAUUAAUUGUUUUAAAAUUUUCAGGCUUUACUUGCGCAGUCUGGCUUCACUCCCCGAGCUUAAUAUAAAAGGAUGCAUGAGGGUGCAGUCUAGAGCAGGCUCAAGUUGAAAUCAAAUCGCCACGAUGGCUUCAAGUUCAGCAAUCAAAUUCGUUUUUGUGGCAGCUCUGCCUCUAGUGCUCCUUGUUUUGCUUGCACCAGCUUCGGAGGCAGCCAUUUCCUGCAGUGAUGUGAUCAAGGACCUGAGACCUUGUGUGAACUACCUUGUGAAUGGAACUGGAGCACCGCCAUCUUCUUGCUGUGCUGGAGCCUCUGCUCUCGCAUCUGCUGCAACAUCCUCCGCUGAUAAGAAGGCUGCUUGUCAGUGCAUCAAGUCUGCCGCCCAGAAAAUGAAUCCAAACCAGCAGUUAGCCCAGGCUUUGCCAGCUAACUGUGGAAUUACCCUACCUGUUGCAGUUUCCCCCAACGUCGAUUGUUCCAAGGUUGGUUGAAAUUUCAACAGGGUGCACUGAAGGACUGCAGGAGUCUUUUCUCCAUAUAUAUGGCAUAAUAACAGAAUAAAGCUUAAAACUGUCCUGUAAUAGAAUGUAUUUCCUUAUCUUCUUGUUUUAAUAAAAAUUUGCCUUACCC